CACAGUCCUUAGCAUAGCCAACGAGGCCUUUUCAGAAUUUACAAAUUCAAAAACUCUCCCCAAACGCCCCCUUAGCUAUUUUCUUUCUUUUUUUUUUUUACGUUUCCCAAACCCACUCGCCGCCGCCCACGACGGAGCGUGGCUAAACCACUUCAUUUUUUUUGUACCGAGAAAAAUGAGAGAAGUGAAGGACUCGGAGAUCAAGCUGUUCGGCAAGAAAAUUGCCUUGCCGGAGUACGGCAGGGUGGUGCUCGCCGCCGCCGGAGAAUACGCUGAGUCAUGUGAAAACGACUGUGGCUCCGAGCGCGAUCGCUGUUCGGAUGACAGCAAACUCAACGGUAGCUCUGGGAAGGGAGGAGCUGAUGUUGACGAAUUUGAUACACAAAAGCGAGAGGAUGAUGAUAAGGAACUUUUAUCAGAUGAGUUUUCUGAAGAGAAAGAUCAAGAUCAGGACAUGGAUGAGUUAGAGAGUACUAAGAAUGAGUCAGAAUCAGACAACAGUGUCAAAACUCCCCCUGUUGAUGAAGACUCUCCUUCGCCAAAACUUUCCAAGACUGAAAGUGAUCAAACCGAAACAAACAAUUCAGAGCAGAAAACUCUGAAGAAACCUGAUAAGAUUCUCCCUUGCCCUCGUUGCAAUAGUAUGGAUACAAAGUUCUGUUACUACAACAAUUACAAUGUCAACCAACCUCGUCACUUCUGCAAGAGUUGCCAGAGGUACUGGACUGCCGGGGGUACCAUGAGGAAUGUGCCGGUGGGGGCUGGUCGUCGCAAAAACAAAAAUUCUGCGUCUCAUUGCCGUCAUAUUACCAUCACUGAAGCCCUCCAAGCAGCAACGUAUAAACCCAAUGGCACUGUCCUGUCCUUUGGUCCCGAAUCACCACUUUGUGAGUCUAUGGCAUCUCUUUUGAAUCUUGCUGAUAAAAAGGUGCCAAAUGGGAUGCGGAACGGUUUCUACAAGCAUGAACAGGGGAAUUCUUCUAAUAAAGUUGGAGAAAAUGGGGAUGAUUGCUCUAGUGUGUCCUCAGUCACUACUACAAGUUCUGUGGCAGGAGGUAAAAUUCCCUCCCAAGAGGCAGUUAUGCCAAAUAUAAACGGCUUUCCUUCCCCGGUUCCAUACCUUCCUGGAGUCCCCUGGCCUUUCCCAUGGAAUGCGGCAGUUCCUCUGCCAGCCAUUUGCCCCCCUGGAUUUCCUAUGCCGUUCUGCCCUGCACCUUAUUGGAAUUGUGCAGUUCCUGGUCCAUGGAGUCUUCCUUGGUUGGCUCCACCAUCUCCAACUGCAAACCAAAAAGCAUCAAGUUCCGCUCCUAAUUCUCCCCUAGGGAAGCAUUCUAGGGAAGGGGAGCUGCUUUCUCCCAAGAAUCCCGAGGCUAAAGAAUCAUCUGAACAAAAGAGCUCUGGAAAUUCAGUUUUGGUUCCAAAAACUUUGAGGAUUGAUGAUCCUGAUGAAGCUGCAAAGAGUUCAAUAUGGUCAACACUUGGGAUAAAAUAUGAUUCCAUUAGCAGGGGUGGGCUUUUCAAAGCCUUGCAACCAAAAAGUGAUGAAAAGAGUCACACAGCAACUCCUCCUUCAGCAUUGCAGGCUAAUCCUGCAGCACUAUCUAGAUCUCUCAGCUUCCAGGAAAGCGCCUAAAGUGGGACUUGGAAGACUGUCCAAUUCAGAACUUGGCUACUCUUUUUUACAACUUUUACCUCCUUAAAAGUGCAUCUUUGUUCCAGGAAAGCGCCAACAGUGGGAUAUAAUCUGCAGAGACGAGACGCUAAAAUUCCCUGAAAGCCACAGCCUCUAGUUAAACUGGAAAGUGACUUGGGAAAGCUAAUGUUAUCCUAGAACAAUGGUGCCUUUUUUUGUUGUACUAAAUGGGUGUGUUUUCAUGUACAUAACUUCAUACAGCUGACAGUAGAAUGGGAAGGAGUGAGAUAUUAGACUAGACCUUAUAUAUGUUGUAACUAUUCUCAAAGUGGUUUCUUUUUUGUGGGUAUUUUCUUAGUGGUUUGAAUAAAAGUGAACUCUCUUGGAGAUUCUGCAUUCUCUAGAUUUGU